AUGGCUGCAACAAAAAAUCUCGAGCCUGCGUUCCAUGGAGUUGGUCAGAAACCAGGGACCCAAAUAUGGAGAAUUGAAAACUUUCAGCCGGUACCUUAUCCAAAAUCUGAGUAUGGGAGAUUCUACUCUGGGGAUUCCUACAUUGUCUUGCAGACUUCUGCUGGCAGGGGAGGUGCUUACUCGUAUGACAUUCACUUCUGGUUGGGAAAAGAUACUAGCCAGGAUGAAGCUGGAACAGCCGCAAUAAAAACAGUGGAGCUUGAUGCUGUUCUUGGUGGGCGUGCAGUGCAGCAUAGAGAGAUUCAAAAUCAUGAAUCUGAUAAAUUCUUGUCAUACUUUAAACCAUGUAUCAUACCACUUGAGGGUGGUGUUGCAACUGGAUUCAAGAAACCUGAAGAAGAAGAGUUUGAAACAAGACUGUACACAUGUAAAGGAAAACGAGUUGUCCAUUUGAAGCAGGUCCCAUUCUCUCGAUCAGUGCUGAAUCACGAUGAUGUAUUUAUCUUGGACACCAAAGACAAGAUCUUCCAAUUCAAUGGGGCAAACUCAAAUAUUCAAGAAAGGGCCAAAGCGUUGGAGGUCAUUCAGUUCUUGAAGGACAAAUAUCAUGAUGGGACAUGCAAUGUUGCGAUUGUUGAUGAUGGAAAACUUCAAGCUGAGGGGGACUCAGGUGAAUUCUGGGUUAUCUUUGGUGGGUUUGCUCCUAUUGGCAAAAAGGUCGCAAGUGAAGAUGAUAUAAUUCCAGAUAGGACUCCUGCCAAACUUUAUAACAUUGCUGGAGGCGAGGUUAAGGAUCAAAUUGAAGAAAUCACAAAAUCGGCUUUGGAAAAUGACAAAUGUUAUCUAAUGGACUGUGGAUCGGAGGUGUUUAUUUGGGUUGGUCGAGCUACAUCUGUGGAUGAUAGGAAAGCUGCAUCAAAGGCUGCUGAGGAGUUUAUCACUGCUCAUAAUCGGCCUAAAGCGACCCAAGUGACCCGACUAAUUCAAGGUUAUGAGACACAUUCAUUCAAAUCUAACUUUGAGUCCUGGCCAUCAAGUGCACCUGUCGAGGAGAAUAGAGGAAAAGUGUCAGCACUGUUGAAGCAACAAGGUGUUGGCCAAAAAGGACAACCAAAGGUUGUUGCUCCUGUUGUUGAGGAAGUUCCUCCUUUGCUUGAAGGAAAUGGAAAACUUGAGGUAUGGUCUAUCGAUGGCGGUGCUAAAAAUCCAAUAGCCAGUGAGGACAUUGGUAAAUUUUAUAGUGGAGAUUGCUACAUUGUCCUUUACACUUAUCAUUCGAGAGAGAAGAAAGAGGAUUUCUAUCUGUGUUACUGGAUUGGGAAGGACAGCACUGAGGAGGACCAACAAACAGCUGCUAAGCUGAGUACAUCGAUGUUCAACUCUCUGAAGGGGAGACCUGUUCUGGGCCGUAUAUAUCAAGACAAAGAGCCACCACAAUUAAUUGCCAUCUUUCAGCCUAUGGUUGUCUUCAAGGGUGGAUUAAGCUCCGGUUACAAAAACUCCAUUGCAGACAAGGGAGUGGAUGACGAAACCUAUAGUCCAGAUAGUCCUGCCGUAAUUCGAAUAGUGGGAACUGCAGUGCAUAAUAAUAAAGCACUCCAUGUAGAUACGGCGUCAACAUCUUUGAAUUCGUAUGAGUGCUUUGUUGUACAAACCGGUUCCCAUGUAUAUAUCUGGCAAGGAAACCAGAGUACUUUUGAGCAACAACAAUGGGCUGUCAAAAUUGCUGAAUAUUUGAAGCCUGGCAUAGCAGUGAAAUACCAAAAAGAAGGAACUGAGAGUGCAAGUUUCUGGUUACCCCUUGGAGGGAAACAAAAUUUCAAAAGCACCAAAGUAUCACUGGAGACUUUCCGAGAUCCUCACUUGUUUGCAUUCUCACUCAUUCAAGGAAAGUUUGAGAUUGAAGAAGUUUACAACUUUGAUCAAGAUGACCUGUUGCCAGAGGAUAUCUUGAUAUUAGAUACACAUGCUGAGGUGUUUGUUUGGGUUGGUCAGGCGGUAGACUCAAAGGAGAAGAAAAGCGCUUUUGAUCUUGGCCAGAAAUACAUAGAGUGGGCUGGAUCUCUGGAUGGGUUAUCCCCACGGGUGCCCUUGUACAAAGUUACAGAGGGAAAUGAACCUUGCUUCUUCACUACAUAUUUCGCAUGGGAACCUGCAAAAUCAUUAAUUCAUGGGAAUGCAUUUGAAAAGAAGGUCGUGAUGUUGUUUGGAGCAGGCCAUGCUGCUGCAGAGGGAAAUCAAGGUGGUGGACCAACUCAAAGAGCUUCAGCCAUGGCAGCCUUGAACUCGGCUUUUAAACCAGGUGGUGGCGGCAAAGGUCCUGGUUCUCCAAAAGGACCGAGUCAGGGUUCACAGAGAAGAGCUGCAGUUGCUGCCUUAUCAUCAGUUCUUACUGAUGAAAAGAAGAAAUCCGCUGAACCAUCUCCUGUCGGCUCACCUGAAGCCCCUGAAGCUGAAGCUGAAGCUGCUGAAGAGGCAUCUGAGCCGGCUCCAGAGGCCAUUGAAGAUGAUUCAGAACCAAAGGUAGCAAUAGAGGAGGAUGAAAAUGGUAUAUUAACUAGUCAAUCCACUUUCACCUAUGAACAAGUGAGGGUUAAGUCAGAGAACCCAGUUCCUGGAAUUGAUCUUAAGAGGAGAGAGGCUUAUCUUUCUGUCGAAGAAUUCGAGUCUGUGCUUGGGAUGAGCAGAGAGGAGUUCUAUCAGUUACCAAAAUGGAAGCAAGAUAAUACCAAGAAAAAGGUCGAUCUCUUCUAG